UGCGUGGGUUGCUUGGUGGAGCUGAUGGGACACGAUGCCUUCCAGGUCAAGGAAUUGUCACUCUGCACCCUCAUGAAGUUUGUUGAAUUGGAGGCACAAUAUCCAUUGAUCAAAGUAGAGUGGAAGGGGAGUUUAACUUUUCCUCGUGAACUUCUUAAGGUAGUUGUUGAUGGCUUACUUCCCUUAAAUGAGGACGCUUCACUCCUGAUCUCUCGCUUUCAAGAAUAUAUGGAGUAUGAUGACAUUCGGUACUUUGUCAUAAAGGCGGUCACUGAGAGUAUUGGACAAGUCAUGCAGAAGACAAAAGAGAGGCCGCUGCCAUUUUACCAGCAGAACGUAUUUUCCCUCAUUUCGCCCAUUAACAUGCCGAACAAAGAGUGUGACAUGGUCAAAUUUAUGGUGAAGCAAGAUAACUGGGAGGAAUUGAAAGUGUCAAAGCUGCAGGCACACAAGCAGGCGUUUGAAAAAAUGUGGCUCAGUUUUUUGAAGCACAAGCUACCCGCUGGCCUUUACAAAAAAGUUCUUGUCAUUUUGCAUGACUCCAUCCUGCCUUACAUGAAUGAGCCCACUCUCAUGAUAGACUUCUUGACAGUGGCCUAUGGCAUAGGUGGAGCAAUCAGUCUUCUAGCCUUAAAUGGAUUAUUUAUUCUGAUUCAUCAGCAUAAUCUGGAAUAUCCUGACUUUUACAAAAAGCUGUACAGUCUUUUAGACCCUUCUAUAUAUCACGUGAAGUACCGAGCCCGCUUUUUCCAUUUGGCUGAUCUGUUUUUGUCUUCAUCUCACUUGCCGGCGUACCUGGUGGCAGCAUUUAUAAAGCGCCUCUCCCGGCUGGCCCUCACUGCUCCUCCCGAGGCUCUACUCAUGGUCAUUCCCUUCAUCUGUAAUCUCUUUCGGAGGCACCCCGCAUGCAAAGUGCUAGUACACAGACCUAAUGGGCCAGAAGAUAUGUCAGAAGAUCCAUAUAUUAUGGAGGAGGAGGAGCCAUCUGAAAGCAGGGCUUUGGAGAGCUCUCUCUGGGAAAUUCAGUCGCUACAAAAUCAUUAUCACCCAGAUGUGGCCAAGGCAGCUGCUAUCCUGAACCAGUCACUGUCUGAAAUAGAGGAUGACAUAUCAGGGCUCCUGGAGCUCUCAGCUUAUGAGCUUUUUGAUAAAGAAGUAAAGAAAAAGGCUGUUGAUGUGCCCCUGGAGUUUGAGCAAGUACGAGGUUUGUUUGGGAAGAAAAAUGAUAUUUUUGCAGAGCACUUCACUUUAGAUUGAUAUGAUCUCUUAUAAACACAUCCGCACAGCUGACUGAUCUUAGGGACAUGCACAAAGCUCACGCGUUGUGCUUGUCAGUUCUGCCUUUGAAGUAUCUCCAUGUGAUGUGAGCUGGACUGCUUGAGAAGAGUGCAGCCUUCUUCAGUGACCUUUGCCGCUACCCGUGGAUGGACUUUCCUUUGUUGCUCCUUGUUUCUCAUGCUUGCGUGUUGCUGCCUGAUAUUUGGGAGGGAUUUUCCAUCAGAGCAAAUUUUUCUGGACUUGUUCAUUGCUG